AUGAGUAGCCAGGACGAAAUUCGUGCGAAGCGAUUGGCCCGUUUGGCAGCGCUCCAGCUGUCCCAGUCAAGUAGUUCUCCAGAACCUCCAAAGGAUAAGGAUCAGAAGACAGAGGCAAAGAUCACCAAACCUGAGAAGACAGAGGAGCGGGCCACAAAACAGGAAAAAGCAGCUCCAGCAAAGAGAAAGACGGAAGAAACACACCCAGCGAAAGUGGCUCCAAAGGCCCCACAACCUGCUCAACCAUUGAGCUCUCUGCCCGCUGAGAACAUAGAUAAGUGGCUUCGGGAGGAGAUCCCGAGAAUAUUUGGAGUGGGCUGGUCUGGAGUCAACAGACUCACUGAUGUUGGCUCCUCGGGUCUACUUUCAGCUGAAUCCAUUGAAGACGUGUUUGUGGAGAUCUUAACUGAUAAAGGCACCCCGAACUCCACAUUGCCUAUUACAUACCUCUACGAGGUUUACAAGAAGGCGUUCCAGUUGAAGCGAAUCUUGCCCAAAAAGGAUCCCGUGUACGAACAGAAACUAGCCAUUGUGAGCUCUAUAGUCUCUUUUUGCGCCUCCUACGGCCUCAUCUGUUUCCAGAUCCCAGAGAUGGUGCACAACAACAACAUAGAGAAGUCCAUAGAUGCGUUCAUUGACCGCAACGAAAUGAGUGCCUUUUUGGUUGACAUUGUUAAUAAGGCUAUUGAACUGGACUUUUUACUAGACUUGUUGAACAUGAUUUUGCCCUCAAUUAGUGCCAAGUUGCAUGGGCUCAAUCUUCACAGAUCAGAAUACAACAAAUACCUUACAAUUUGGGAGAAUCUAGUCGCCAUGAAACCAGUGGCGGCAAUUUUCUCCAAGGUUGAUGGGUUUGCGCCCCCUGAUGCCUCAAAGGGUCUAGAUUUUGAGCACAAGACGUUGAUGGGAUCUUUUUUGAGGCUUUCUCCUCUUGCUGGAGAAGUGGCUACAUUCUACUUUGCUGGCGGCCCAAAGUCCGAUUCUCAGCUCGAGCUCACGCCUUCACAACUCGCUCCACUUUUCUCGUCAGCUCAAAACGAAAUGAAGGUCGUUUUCGACAGAAUAUGGUUCAUCACCGACAAGCUCAUCCGUGGGUCUCCUCAAACCAGACAAGACAUGAUGAAGUGGUUUGCAGACUUGGUCAAUGUAUCACACUUGAGAACGGGUUCUCACGCCAAAGCGUCCAAGUUGCCCAGUGACGGCUUCAUGUUUAACAUCUCAUACCUCUUGGUGCGUCUAAGUAUGCCCUUCUUGGACUACCCAGUGUUCAGUAAGCUUGACAAAAUUGAUCCAGACUACUUUGGUCCCAAAAAUAAGCUAUUGAAUGUGAAGGAGGAUGCAAGAAUGUAUUCAUCGAGCUCAGAAGCGGAUGAGUAUUACAGUAAUGCCAUGGAGGAAGACACCAACUUCAUAUCAGACUGUUUCUACUUGUGUUUAACCUACAUGGAGUAUGGUAUUGGAGGAAUGAUAACACAACACGGCAGGUUGAAAAAUGAGUUGAAGAGAUCGACUGAAAUGGUGUCUCGUAUGCAAAAUGAUCCAGCGGCUCGUGCCAUGUUACCUCGGAUUACUGAGUUUGUCAACACAUCUCGUUGCAGGUUAUACGCUAUUGAUGCAGUUUCCGUGGACAACAAUGUCAACCUGGAGAUAUUCGACUUUGUCAUUGGCGCCUCCCAAUUUAUGGUGCGUACGAUUGACCCUAGUCAUAAGCAUCCCCAUCCCAAGCUCAAUAUCCCAAUUUUUCAAAUCGAGAAGGUGAGCCAGUUGGAUGAUCAUGAUUUUUUGAAGACGAAAACCCCAGUCCCUUGGAAAUACUUCCCGGAGUACAUGCUACUGGGGUUGAUUAAUUACUGCAAAUUCAUCAGCAGAUACGGCGUGAAUGCGCUUAUGAACAAUGAAGAAAAGCUCUCCUUGUUCGUGGAAUUCUCCACCAUCCUUUUAAGGUGUCCUGAACUUAUCGGAAACCCCCACAUGAAGGGCAGCAUCGUGGAAAUAUUUUUUGGAGGAUCGAUCCCAUUAAGGAACGGCUCCCCAGGAUACAUGAUGAACAUUUUCAACACAAACAAGCUUGUGCUCAACAACCUUCUCUACUCUCUCUUGGAUAUUUACGUGAUGAUCGAGAAGACUGGUGCUUCUUCGCAAUUCUACGAUAAAUUCAAUAGCAGAUUUUACAUCUCGAUGAUCAUUGAAGAGUUGUGGCACAAUGAUCAUUACAGAAAGCAAUUGACGGACUACCUGAGACACAAUGUUGACUUUUUCAUCAGAUUCAUAGCUCGUAUGUUGAACGAUACCACCUUUUUGAUUGAUGAAGCAUUCAACUCUCUUAAUGCCAUUCACAACAUGCAAGUUGAGUUGAGAUCCAGAGAAGCGGGAAGCGAAGGUAAUACCGAUGAAUUUGGAUCUACAGAAGAGCUACAGUCAAACUUGCUGACGGAGGAAUCCAAGGCUAAAUCGUACAUGGGUUUGGCCAACCAAACCAUGAAGUUGUUCAAGUUGUUCACCAAGCAGGUUCCCGAAGGUUUUACCAUUGGCGAGCUCGUUGAUCGUCUUGCAGGUAUGAUGGACUACAAUUUGGCCCUUUUGGUAGGACCUAAGUGUUCUACAUUAAAAGUAAAGGAGCCAGAGAAAUAUGACUUCGACCCUAAAAAGACGUUAGCAGAUAUUUGCGAGGUCUACGCCAACUUGAGUGGAGAAAGCAAGUUCAAACAGGCCGUUGCCAGAGACGGUCGGUCGUUUGAUGUGAAGUACUUUGAAAAGGCCAAGAAGAUUUUGACCACCAAGACUACGGUGGACGAUGCGUUAAUCAAUACUUUUUAUCUGUUCGGACUUGCAGCCGACCACGAGCGUGUGGCACUUGAGCAAGAGGAAAUGGAGUUGGGCGAGGUACCUGACGAGUUGUUGGACCCAUUGAUGUUCACGUUGAUGGAGGACCCCGUGAUCCUACCAUCGUCCAGAGUAACGAUCGAUCGGUCGACAGUGAAGGCGCAUUUGUUGAGCGAUCCAACCGACCCGUUUAACCGUAUGCCUUUAAAACUCGAGGAUGUCAUUGACGACGUGGAGAUGCAAGAAAAGGUUCGUCAGUUCAAGGCAGGAAAGCGGAAAGCCUAA